UUUCCUUACUUAGCUAGAUCUCAGAUAUUUUCAUUUUUCUUUUUAUACAAAUUUCUGUGUAAUUUAGUGUCCCACUCACACUAACCCACACUUUUUUACCCUUUUUAACAUAAAACACGCCUCCCAUAAAUAGUCAAUAAACCACUCAGCUUCAAUUCUUCACUCCUUUGCUUUCAUUUGCCUUGUCCAUUUUUAGGUCAUUCUAUAUCUUUUUUUUUUUUUGGUGAAAAGUUUAUUACUUUCUUUUAUUUCUCUUAUCAAGAUCGAUGGCGAGGGAGAAGAUUCAGAUAAAGAAGAUCGACAACGCCACGGCCAGGCAGGUCACUUUCUCCAAGCGACGGAGAGGUCUCUUCAAGAAAGCGGAGGAGCUCUCCGUUCUCUGCGACGCCGAUGUUGCCCUCAUCAUCUUCUCUUCCACCGGCAAGCUCUUUGACUACUCCAGCUCAAGUAUGAAGGAAAUACUUGAAAGGCAUCAUUUGCACUCAAAGAACCUGGCAAAGAUGGAACAACCCUCUCUUGAGUUGCAGCUAGUUGAAAACAGCAACUACACCAGACUUAGCAAAGAAGUUGCUGAGAAGAGCCAUAAACUAAGGCAGCUGAGAGGAGAGGAUCUUCAGGGAUUAAAUAUAGAAGAAUUACAACAAUUGGAGAGGUCUCUUGAAACGGGAUUAGGCCGUGUAAUAGAGAAAAAGGGAGAGAAGAUUAUGAGUGAGAUCAAUGACCUCCAAAGAAAGGGAAUGCAAUUGGUGGAAGAAAACGAGCGACUAAGGCGUCAAGUGGUGCAGAUUACUCAUGGGAAAGGGCAUCAUGGUGGUGGUGAAUCUGAGAUCAUAGUUGGGGAGGAAGGCCAGUCUUCAGAGUCUGUUACAAACGUUUGCAACUACAAUAAUAAUACUAACAACAAUAAUAAUGAUAGUUCAGAAAUUUCACUCCAGUUGCGGCUAUCGUAUUCUGGUUAAGGAUCUGAGUUUCACUCUGGCAAAGAUGAACAGAGAUUAGAUUAUGGUCUAAAAAUUAAAUUUGCUAAAUGAUUCUGGCUCUUGGUGGAGUGAUAAUGGUAAUGUAUAGGUAUAAUUGUAACGACUUGUACGUGGUUUUUUCAUCAUCCAGGAACUGAUUUGAAAAGUAAUUGAAUGUUUCAAUUUUCAAGUCACA